AAGGAAGGAAGGGGCGGGAACGCGGAGGUUGCCGCUCGCGCCGGCGCUGCCGCCUUUCGGUGCAGGCGGGCUGGGCGCUCCAUUCGCCAAGCGCGCGCGCGUGUCGGGUUUGCCAUGGUGCUGUUGCGCCGCGUGGCGCUGCCUCUGCUGCUGGCGCUGGCGGCGGUGGGGUGCCCGCGGGUGGCCUGGUCCCUGGUGUGGUACACGGCCUGGGUGACCACCAUGUACACCGAGCCCGGCACCAACCGCACGGUGCAGGAGAGCACCGAGAGCGGCCGCUACGGCGACGGCUCGCCCAAGGACAACGCGCAAGGCCUGGUGGGCAUCCCCCGCGGCGGAGCGGGGAGCAGCCGCCACAUGGAAGGCUGCGCGCCGGGGAUCGACUACGAGAUCCCCAGGCCGCCCGGACCGCAAUUCGCGGGGACGCCUCCGCCGUGGAUCGCUCUGGUGGCGCACGGGGGCUGCAGCUUGAAGGACAAAAUCGCCAACGCCAUGAGGAAGCGGGCGGCUGCCGUGGUGAUCUACAACGAGCCCAGGUUCGGCAACUCCACCCUGACCAUGUCCUAUAAUUACGGUACUGGCAAUGCAGUUGUAAUUAUGGUUGGAUAUCCCAAAGGCAUGGAGAUCUUGGAACUGGUGCGAAGAGGGAUACCAGUGAGGAUGUCUAUUGGUGUUGGCAAGCAACACAUGCAAGAAUAUAUCAGUGGACAGUCUGUUGUAUUUGUAUCGAUUGCAUUUAUCACCAUGAUGAUCAUAUCGUUGGCAUGGCUUAUAUUUUUUUAUAUACAGCGCUUCCUCUAUAGUGGAUCGCAUUUUAGAAACCAGGGCCAUAGAGAAGAAACCAUAAAAGCAAUUGGCCAGCUUCCACUGCAUAUUGUAAAGCAUGAAGAUAAGGGCUUGAAUGUCGAUGCUGAAAAUUGCGCUGUAUGCAUUGAAAACUACAAACCAAAGGAUAUCGUUCGAAUCCUGCCUUGCAAGCACGUCUUUCACAGGCAUUGCCUCGAUCCCUGGCUGCUGGAACACAGAACGUGUCCAAUGUGCAAACUAGAUGUCAUCAAAGCACUCGGAUAUUGGGGAGGGCCUGCAGAUGAACAAGAAGUUGCAAUGCCUGAAUCAACAAGUGGCAGCAUAUUGGCUGAGAGCUGGAGUAUUGCUGUGCCAGAAGAGAACAGAAAUGAAACAAGUGACUUAUCAGCAUCUUCUGCUAACGGAUCUGCAUCAAGUAGUAACGGUUUAAAAGAGGAUGCAGGUGAAAGAACAGCCUUACUUGAAACGGAUGGCAGAGAUAAUCGACUUGAAGAACACCUGUCUAAUGGAAACACUGUAUGAAAGCUUGACAGUUUGAACUGGGAGCGAAAUGUCUAUUUUGUUUUGUUUAAAUGCUGUGGACUUGUGUCUAGCUUAAAUGUGUUACUUUUCUAAUUCACGUUUCAAAAGGGCUAAUAACUAGAGGCUUUGCUUUGUAAGAAGAGUAAUACCUGAUACAAAAUGCAAUAACUCUAGUAUGAGUUCCUUCUUUUGACCAAAAAUGAGAGUUGAGAAAUGAGACAAAUUUAUGAGCUUGGGAGGCUUGGUGAGAACCAGAAGGGAAAAUAUCUGUUGCUACUUAGAAAACUGGCCUAUUUUUUAAAAGCUCAUUUGGCACUUGUUGAGAUUGCUGCUCUUUUUCCAUGGAGAUUUCCCUUUGCAACUUCUUUUGUAAGAAACAGGUUCUCUUUCUUCGCUUGGUUUCCUUGUCCCUUGGUUUGUAGGGACACAAAUCGAGUUAAGGAAGGGAGCUCCCAAGUGAAAACUCCCCCUGGAAAAAGAGUAAAAAGUUCAGAAGUAAUAUCUGUGCUAGAACAGCUAUUACAGGAUCAAUUCUAGGAGUACAAAUUGCACAGGUUAACAGAUAAAUGUGGGUGAUUUAUGAUAAAUGUACAUAUAGCACAUAUGCAACACUGAGGUUUACUUUUUAAAAAUUGUGUUUUGAGUGCAUAAUAUGGACCUGCAAAGUAUUCCAAUGGUUUUGAGAAUUUCUGCCACGUGCUUGCCGAAAAACCUGAUGACUUUUUCAUUUGCCUGUUAGGUCAAUAACUUUAAGGUGUGCCACACAGUUAUUGUAGCUGGCAGGCAAUCUAUUAGUGCCUCGGGCAACGCAAGGCCUUUGACUGUGAAACACAGUGGUGCAGCAGUUGUUCAUGUUGCACAUGGAGAGUAAUUUAACUUAAACUCUUCUCCACUCUUUCCCUUCACUGUUGUUUUUUUGUAUGCUGUUUUUGGAUUUUUCUCUACCUUAAUUCAUUCCUGAGAUGUUCGUAAAGUUAUUGUUUCUGUUAUGCAAAGGAUUGUUAGAUGCUUCCAAGUAGAGGUUUGCACAAUAUAGUUACUGGGUUUUUUACUGUGCUAGAUUAGCAGUAUUGUGCCUUAGAGUAGUUGAAAAGCACUAAGCCUGAAGUGUACAAAAUAGAUACCACUGCACUGUUUAAUUUUUACCUCUGCUUCAGGUAAAUCUAUAUACAAUAAGCUCUAGAGGAAAUGGUGAAUUGUGUAUUUAUAGUUCUCUUAAGCGUUGGAUGAACAUUUUAGAAUUCUAAUAGUUAUAAAUGAAUGUACGGAAUCAUACCGCCAAGUCUGUAAGAAACGUUUUGCACCGUGUUUAAACUUAGAUAUUUGGUAAGGUGCUUUUUUUAAUGUCAGAGAAAAUAUGCAACCUAGUACUUAAAUUGGAUCAGUAUUUAAUUUCAGUAUUUUCAAGUUUGGGGAAGAGGAAUUCAAACAUGGGUGGGGGCAGAUGCAGGAAGAAACAGGGUGAAGAUUCUGAUAGAAAUCCUACCAAAAUAUUCUGGGGACCUCGCCACCUUCUCUGACGAGAGUAGCCCAGCCAACAUGUCAUGCAUUAAAAUUGGCCUCUGCGAGUCCUGCCUGCAUCUUACAGCCAGCACUUAAUGGAGUGGACCAUGCCAUGACUACUCGCUGUGUCUUCAAACAAUAUGGAUGCUGCUUUCAAAAAGGAACUGCCUUUGAACUGUUCAGUCACUCAUCUUUCCCUACAUCCUUAGCACAAAGUGGAAGUGUUACUUGGUUAGUUGUUUUCAGCACAUCACAACUCCAGCUUAGCAUCGCGGAAAAAGCAGGACGUCGUUUUUUGUGUGCCUUGAAAGUCUCCAGAUCCUUCCUAACAUUUGCAAUGUAGCACCUGCCUCGGAGAAAGCAGUAUGGUGAGUACCAACUACAUUUCCCCCCUGUAAAAAGAGUUGGGUUUAUGAUUGCGUUUCUUCCUGGGUUUAUUUCUUAAAGGUCUGGGAAAGCAGCCAAUAACAGUCAUAUUAAAACUUAACGGAGCAUGUGAACCAGAGUUUUUGAAUAUGGAGUCCACAUCUAGCUGCUAGGCACUAAAUGUGCUUUACCUGUUCCUCUCUGAAUAUAGCAUCUUGGAAACUUGGCUGUAGGGAGAUGUGUAGAAACAUGCAGGUGGUGUCUGGUGGGAAGGGAAGAGUUUCCCAUGGCAACAGGGCAUGAUUUCUGUGUUAUGUGCAAUUUAUUUCCUAUCCUAGAGCUGUUCUGUUAGCUUUUUUGCUCUCCAUAUCUUUAUCCAUCCCCACCCCAAAGCCCAAUAUUGGAGGGAAGGAAACAGGCAUCUUGGAAGCAGACUCAGUUAUGUAAAUUAUAUAGGUAAAUUAUCUAAAGUAAAUUAUAAGGAAGCAAAUUAUAUAAUCUGAACGCAGCAUCUGACCUUGGACAAUUCGAAUUGUUUGUUUUUUUCUGAGAUGGGCUGCUAAUCGUUCAAUUUCUGUAUGGCUUUGUGUGCUGCUGAGGAGUGAUGACAAAAAAGGCCGAAUUGCAGUGCUUGCUAACAGUUUUCUCUCUAAAAGGCACGAUGACAAAACUUCCUGAAGCGACCUUUUCGUCUGACCUCAGUAACGUCACACAAAGUAAAAUGACAGAGCUAUGUGAACCUUAAAAUUAGACUAUCUCUUGCCUGCAAAUGGUCAAAAUCGCCUAAGUACGGAUAGAUGCUGCAUUCAGAUGUAUCUGUAACAGACCUUGUGCUUCUGCAUUUGCUCCUUCCCUUUCGCUAAAUGGGAGAAGUCUGAAGUCAGCAAGCCGACCAUGAAACUUGGUUUGGGGGUUUUAGUUUGGGGAAACCCAAUAAUGGAAACGUACAAACCUUCCCUCCUUGCAUGUGGGACGGUGCCAUUAUGUUUGAGCAGCAUCUUUAGGCCCACAACUGAUUCAAGCCAAGGAUUAGACUGCCUUGACUAAUGUUCCAAAAUACCCCUGCCUAGGCACUGUUUGCAGGCAUCUCUUCCUAGAGCAAUUCCUUAAUUGUCGCUGGCCAUAUACUACUUUAAGACAAUGGUGGGGGGAACCUGCGGCCUUCCAAAAGGUGCUGGAUUCCAACUCCCAUCAGUCCCUGCUUGCAUGGCAGAUGGCCAGAGGUUAGAACAGUGGACUUAGCUGUGUUAAAUUCCUUUCUUGCAGUGUAUUGAUGGUUGGAGACAUCCUCGAAUAGGAUGGGCUUCCAACUUGCUUCUAUAGACCAGGCUAUGCAAACCGGGCUUGCAGCUGCCAUCUUGUAUGAGAGAGUCUCCCACAGGUGCCUGUCAGAAGCAAGCAGGGCCUGAUUGCCAUUGAUUCCCAGCAAAAAGGGCAUUCAGAGGCAUCCUAUCUCUGCUGGUGGAGGCAGAGCGUAGCCCUUGUGGCCUGUAGCCAUUGAUAGCAUUGUUGGGAGUUGUAGUCCUGGAACAUUUUGAUGGGCAACAGGUUUCCCUGUCCCCUUCUUCAGGUACCAAGUUGAAAAACCUUGUAGCUUGUUCUGUGAAUGGAAGAGGUCUGUGAUCUAGCAGAGGUUCCUCUCUGCAGAAGUUGAGGUGGUGAUCUCCCCCUCUUCCUUGCAAAAUUUUCAGGGAACUGUGUGGGGGACGGUGAAAAUCACUUAUUCUCCUUUCUGUGUGUUGAGCACAGCUCCCUGGAUCAUCGUUCAACCCUGACUUUGGACAAACUAUGUACUUGAACAAUUGUUCCUGCUAACUUGUGGUACGGAAAUUGUUUUGACAACUCAUUUCUUUUCUCAUCUAGGUGUCCCCCCCCCCCCCGACAAACGCUUCUGGAACUUGCUCGCACGGACUCGGCGUUGACUUACUGCUGCUACAUUCUUAAUUUUUAUCUGUGAGACAUCCCUUCUUUCAACUAUUUUAAGGCAGAAAGAUUCCAUGUGUGGUCUGAAAAAGAUUGACUUGCCUGCAGGUGUUGUCUCAUAUGACAGACAUGGACAUUUUGUAUAUAGGGCACUGGGUUUAAUUUAAAACGUGUGUGUUAAAAUGCACCUUAAAAAAAGGCUUGAAGAACAGUAGUAGGUAAACUGCCUUAAACCAAAAUAAGCCAGUUGGAAAUAACGAAAGCUGACUUUGCUCCUUUUGAAUGUCCAGUUUUUUAAGACAGUUGGCAGCAAAACAAACUAAAAGUGUUUCUGACUGGCCCUGUUUCAAGUGGGCCUUUCUGCUAUAGUGGUGUCCUGUCAGCUGAAAAGGCCUGUGUGUCCAUUUAUUGGAACGUAGUUUAAUAUUAUUCUGGAACAGAAAGCUACUGAUAAUAGUUUGACUUGUUGCUGUACAAAACUGAGGUUAUUGAGGGUUUUGUGCUUGAGCCUGGUUUUAAUUUUACAAGGCAAAUUACUGGGGCUCAAGUUUCAUGUAUAAAACAAUCGCUACACACUCUUAAAAGCAAAAUUCAAGUUUUCUUUUUUUUAAAAAAGCAAUCUGCCUACAUCAUCUCUGCACAAACGGUGUAACUGUUUAGAAUACUUGUAUUGUGGAGAGUUGCUGUUACAGACUAAAAUUGAACAAGGCACCCUUCGUUACCAAAAAUCUUGCCAGGGUACAAUGUGCUUAAUCCUUUUUUGAGCUGAAUGUUCUAGGGGUGGGGUGAGGGGCACAUUGAAGCUUUUGCUUGAGCUGAAAUAAAAAUGGUAGUUCCUUCAGCUGACGACAAAGGGAGGACAGGAGCAGGACAACUCAGUGAAGGAGACAGCCUCCUUUCUUGUCAGCUGCUACCUGGUAAGCAUUCAGUCCAUCAGUUCUCCUUGAAAUUUCCAAUGAAUAACUGGUUACCAUUGUUUAUUACCUCUACCACCCUAGUCAACUUUUUUGUUUGGUCAUGUCUUUUAAGAUUGUAUGCCUAGGGGCAGGGACUGUCUUCAUCGAUCUUUAAGCUUUGUGGGGAGCCGUUUUUGGCUAAAGAGCAGCAUAAAACAUUCUAUAAAUAAAUAAAAAUGUGGAAAGUA